AUGUUAAGAAUAAACACACUGUCAAGUGUGAUACGAAGAUACUCAAUUCGUUCGAUCCCAUUCACAAAAGAAGAUCUGAAAGGAGAUGAUAAAUACAAAGAUCUAAAUGAUCAUUAUUCAGAUUUGUUCACUUCGGAAGAAACUCAAGUCUCUUCAAAAUCAAAAGAAAAUUCAUUGAGUGAUGAUAUUGCUGAGAUUAAUGCUGAAUUGAAUGAAUUGUAUGGUGUUGAGUCUCCAAUAGAGGUACAGAAUGUGGAGCAAAGGGAACAAAAACCUCAAGAAUUUCCAAUAAAGGAACAAGAUAUACACCAUGAUAUUCAGCAAGAUAUACAACAAGAUACUCAACCAAUUCCAACUUUGAAAAAAGAAUCAUUAUUAGACAAGAUAAAAUCAAAUACACCUAAGAUAUUCAUAUCAAAAUCAAAUAACCCAUUUUUGAAUUUAGCAAUGGAAGAUUAUAUAUUCCAAAACACACCAGUCACAAAUCCUUUCAAAGCCCAAAGAUUAAUAUUCUAUACAAAUACACCAUGUGUCGUUAUUGGAAAAAGUCAAAAUCCAUGGAGAGAAACGAAUUUGCCAUACUUGAAUUCAGUGGGUAUUCCAGUACUAAGGAGGAAUUCAGGUGGUGGUACAGUGGUUCAUGACUUGGGAAAUGUUAAUUAUAGUUUUAUAAACUCCAAGGAAAGUUUCUCAAGAACAUUUUUCGGUAGUGUUAUCGUUAAAGCUGUUAAUAAACGUUAUGGUUUUGAAAAAUUGGCACAAAAUGAAAGAGGUGAUAUCAUUAUGGCAUUGGAUAAAAAAAAAAUUAGUGGUAGUGCUUUUAAAGUUACUAGGGGGAAAAGUUAUCAUCAUGGUACAAUGUUAUUGAAUUCUGAUUUGGCGAAUUUGAAACAGGCAUUAAAUAAAAGACAAAGAACUGGGAUAAUGGAAUUUGAAUGUAGAUCAGUUGAUAGUGUUCCUUCACCUGUUGAUAAUUUAGGAUUACCAAAUCAUGAUUUCAUUGAAGUUGUAUCAAAAGCUUUCCAAAAAAUGUAUGAAACUCCUGUAGAGAUUGUUGAAGUUGAUGAAUUUCAUAAUGAAGAAAUUUUAAAAAUUGCAGAAAAUUUAAAAGAUUGGAAAUGGAGAUUUGGUUCAACUGGUUCUUUUAAAUUAAAAUUAAAUCAUCAAGAAUCUGGAACUUUAAUUGAGUUUCAUGUGGAAAAGGGAAUCUUGAAAGAUUUUAAAACAAAUAAAGAAUCUGAUUUUGAAUUCUUGAGAGAACAAUUAACCCGUGGUUUAGAGUUGAAGUUUAAAAGUGAUGAGUUUGUUAGGUUUAUUAAAGGUGAUUUGUAUGAAUGGAUUGGUAAUCAAAUUGAUGGUACACAUUAA